CCUCCGCUGCUGCCCGUCCGCCGUUCCGCGUAACCUGGAGACGCGACAGCGCCGUUCGGCGAUGGGCGGGAGGCGAUUGUGACAGGCCGCGCUCUCUCUGCCCGCCCCCUCCUCCCUGCCCGGGCAGAGCGGGCCCCUCCAGGCCUGUCGGGAUGGAGGAGGAGAGCAUGGAGGAGGAGGGGGGCGGCGGAGGAGCAGCAGCAGGAGGAGGCGGAAGCGUCAGUAGCAGCAGCAGCAGUUACGAGGCCUUAAUGGACGACCAGAACCACAACAACUGGGAAGCUGCGGCCGAAGCCGCGGGAGGAGGAGUAAUGAAUGUUAUAACAAUAGAAGACUAUAAGAGCACAUACUGGCCAAAGUUGGAUAGUGCCAUAGAUCAGCUUUUAACUCAGUGUCCUGGUGACUACAUCCCCAUCUCCUAUGAACAAAUUUACAGUUGUGUGUAUAAAUGUGUGUGCCAGCAACAUUCGGAACAGAUGUAUAGUGACCUAAUAAAAAAGAUAACUAACCACUUAGAGAGAGUCUCAAAGGAGCUGCAGGCCAGCCCUCCAGACAUCUACAUUGAAAGGUUUAACAUAGCACUUGGACAGUAUAUGGGAGCAUUACAGAGCAUUGUGCCUCUUUUCAUAUAUAUGAAUAAGUUUUACAUAGAAACCAAGCUUAAUCGAGACUUAAAAAAUGACCUUAUAAAACUGUUUACGGAACAUGUUGCAGAAAAGCACAUUUACAGCCUAAUGCCUUUACUCCUAGAAGCUCAGACCACGCCUUUUUGGAUAGACCCUUCCACUAUGGCAAACAUUGUCAAAGGAUUGUAUAUGCUUAGGCCAGAAUGGGUUCAGAUGGCACCAGCUUUAUUUUCUAAAUUUAUUCCAAACAUCCUCCCUCCUGCUGUAGAAUCUGAGCUUGAGGAAUAUGCUGCUCAAGACCAGAAACUCCAACAAGAACUUAUUCAGGAAGGAUUUUCCAGAGGUGACCAGUCACGUAAAAGAGCUGGAGAAGAAUUAACCUACAAUGGUUCCACUUCGUGUGCAAGCUCAAGAGGAUGCAGAUAGUGACUGUGCGACAAGUAUUUUAUUCUCCAUAGGAGCGGACACUGGAGUGACAUUGGAAGGGAGGGUAUCCAGAGGCCCAGUUGGGCUCUACUGAUACUCAGGUUCUUUGAAGCAAGCUAUACGUACAAGAGGAGUUUGGACAUGUUUCUUGCCAUCUAAUAAAAUAUCUGUUUGCUGCUAUUUGGGGGCUAACUUGGAACAAUGUGAUCAGUCUUGACAAGUUCUUCUUGGGCAAUCCUGUGAGGAGCAUACCUUCCUGUUUUUGUUUUAAAAAGACCAGUGCAUACUAAAACAUGGUAGCCCCCAAAAAAAAGAAAGAGCAGCUUCCUCUGAAAGAAACUUUGCACUUUCUAAAAAAAUGUGUGGACAUUGCUGAGCUUGUGCCCAUUAGGUUUUGUCUGAAAUGUUUUGCUUAGAAAGAAUAAAAAUUGAUCACUUGGCAGUA